AUGUAUUCCUUGCCUUUAAUGCCUCAGCAUAUUAUUGCUGCUGGGACUUUUGUACUGGUUGUCGCAUUACCUGCUCUGUAUCGUGCUCUUCUCCCAAAGCCAAUACCAGGAAUUCCUUACAAGAAGGGCAGCGACAGACGAAUACUAGGGGAUGUCCAGGAUGUCCUCAAGUGGAACUACGAGACAAAAGAAAUAUGGAGCUACAUGAGGCGACUUGCUGUUGAACUGGAUUCGCCUGUCAUUCAGGUCUUCAUGAGACCCUUUGGCAAGCCCUGGGUUAUCGUGAACGAUUUUCGCGAGGCGCAUGACAUCCAAAUGUUCCGGUCCAGCGAUUUUGACCGUGCUCGUGUUCUUGAGGAUAUAUUUGGCGUUCUGCUUCCCUCAUGUCAUGUAUGGAUGCCUACCAACGACAAAUUUCGAGCUCAUCGAAACCUAAUUAGGGAUACCAUGUCCCCGGCGUUCCUCAACGGAAUCGUCGCGCCAGCUCUGCACGAACGAUGCCAGAACAUGCUCGAGCUAUGGAAGGAAAGGGCACGCUUAGCGCAAGGCAGACCUUUUGAAGGAGACCACGACAUUUUCAGGGCCACCCUUGACAUCAUACUGGCAGCAACUUUUGAGCUGGAGGCAGGAACCAUUUCAACUCACAAGAAGCAUCUAUCUGGGCUUAAAGAGAUGAAACUUCCAGACGGUCAAGACCUGCCCGCUGUAUUCCCAGAGAUCAACGACCCGAAAGAGUUCACGUCAAUCCGGUCAUUGCUUGACAGUGUCGAGAUUGGCUUGAACUCACCACUUCCGACGCCGCAUAUGAAGUUUGCCCUAAGCUUCUAUCCAGAGCUUUCAGCUGCAAGGAAGUACAAAGACGAGAUGAUUGGCCAACGGGUGCAGAGAGCUUGGGAUAAGUUCUACGCCAAUCCAGAUGCCCAAGGUUCUGUACACUGUGCUAUGGACCUGUUGAUUCAGCGUCAGGCACAAAUGGCCAAGAAAGAGAACCGUGAUAUGACCUAUGAUAUCCAGGCAAUCAAAGGCGAGCUGUUCGGUUUCAUCGCCGCCGGCCACGAGACCACGUCGACGACCAUAUGUUGGGCAAUCAAAUAUCUGACUGAGUACCAAGACGUACAAAAGAUAUUGCGAGACAAGCUACGGGAGACACACCAUUGUGCUUUCGCAGCUGGGCGGCUGCCGUCCGCGGAUGAGAUCGUCAGCAAUACGACAGCUUACCUAGAUGCUUUCAUUGAAGAGAACCAUCGCUGUGGAAAUACGGUGCCGACGAUUGUGAGACAUACAAUCAAUGACACCACAAUUCUUGGCCACAAAAUACCAAAGGGGACUGAUGUUUUCAUGCUUACCAAUGGUCCAAGUUAUCAGGCCCCAUCAUGUUCCGUGGACGAGACUUUGCGCACUAAGUCGAGUCAAGAUGGGAAGGGAAAGUUCGGCAACUGGAGUAGUGAGGACAUUGACCAGUUUAGCCCCGAUCGAUGGUUAGUUUCAGAGGGAAAUGGCGAGGUCCGAUUCGAUGCCCGCGCUGGACCUGCGCACCCUUACGGAGUCGGCCAGCGUGGCUGUUUUGGCUCGAAAUUCGCGCAAUUGGAGCUAAAAGUCAUCCUGACCCUGAUUGUUUGGACGUUCGCGCUGAAGCCCAUUCCAGCUGCUCUAGCGGGGUUUGAGGGACAUGAUAAGAACACCAAGCGGGCACAGAAAGUUUAUAUCAGACUUUCCAAAGUAGAUUAA